ACAAGGGGAAAGCAGCUGUGUGUUCCCAGAGAAGGCCUGAUCCCCGCGCAGUGAAGAUUGUAAAAGUGCUCAGAGUGAAAGCAGAACCCGUGUGGGUUUGCUGUUUUUAAUCAGGCGCUGUUCUGGAGCCCCACUCGGGGUCCUCGUUCCCAAUCACAGCUUCCAACAUGGCGGCCUCCGUCGCGAAGCUUUUAGCAGCUUGGACGCCCAGGUUGUGUCCGGUUCGGUGGAGUCGGUACAACCCGUACUACCUCGAACCCGAGCCUCGUAAGGAAGCCUACUCCAUCCCUGAGUCCGAGCUCAGCCCCGAGCAGAAGGAGGAAAAGGAGCUGAAAACCCUGAGACCCAUCAAAGCAGCCAAGUCCAGUGCCACCAGCUCACCGUUCGAUGAUCCGGUGAUCAGCAAGUUCAUUAACCUGAUGAUGCAAGACGGCAACAAAGUCCUGGCACGAGGAAUCAUGACACAGACUUUGGAGAUAAUCAAGAGGAGGCAGGUGGAGAAGUACCACCGCUCUCCAGCAGACGAGAAGGAGAUGAUCGAGUGUAACCCGUACACCAUCUUCCACCAGGCCCUCGAGAACUGCAAACCCAUCGUCGGCCUGGCCAGCAUUCAGAAAGGGGGCAGGAACUACCAGGUUCCUGUUCCUCUAACGGAUAAGCGUCGCCGUUUCCUGGCCAUGAAGUGGAUGAUCACAGAGUGCAGAGACAACAAACACCGGCGCGCACACAUGUACGAGAAACUCUCACAGGAGCUCCUCGCUGCUUUCAAUAACGAAGGCAACGUCAUUAAACGCAAACACGACUUGCACAAGAUGGCUGAAGCCAACCGGGCGUAUGCACACUACCGCUGGUGGUAAGGAGGGAGCGGCUGUCAGGGUUCUCCUCUUCAGUCGUGUUUAGAACAGGAUUGGAUUGGAGCACAGCCUUGGACUGGUUCUGUUGGGUGUUUGUUACACAGAAGCUUUGUGAUCUCAACUUUUAAGUUAACCUGAUGUACAAUAUGAACAUAAUGUGUUUUUUUUCCUAUUAUAAUAGCUAAUAAAUUGUUAACCCCUUC